AAUACCGGUGGCAUACAGGUUCUCACAUCGAGUCAUCAAUACUUGGAACCUGCUGCCCGAAGCAGUGGUGUCCGCACCUUCAAUUGACUCUUUCAAGAGGAGACUGAACACUCACAUAAGCAUAUUAGAAAGGAAUAACAUGAGCCCUGGGUCUUCUGACCUUACUAAACAAAUCUGAAUCUGAAAGUAUCUUAGGUACUCGCUUUCAAACUUAGAAACUAAUUAAACAAGAGUUCUUCGAGCACCCAAAGCAUUACGGGUUUCAAAGAACUGUCUCUUAAAACCGGUGUACAGAUACGAAGUAACCUAAUGUUGCGCCAACCUCCUGGACAGAGUUUGAGGUUUAAAUUAUGUGGAUAUUAAAAUUCUGAAAGAAUUUGCGGCGUCCUUGCGGAAUUUGAAAUCAAGGUAACAUGUCUUUUUGUUACUGCAUGUAUUCCUUAUGACAGCUUAAUCAUUUCAUCAACUCAUAGCGAAGGCUUGGCAAAUAUCAGACAGAAUAAGAUGUGGCUGAAGUCUCUAUGGAUGACUGUGAAUUAGAUUUGUUAUUAAAAGAGUUGGAGGCUGAUUAUACGGAUGCCCUUAAAUAUGUUGAUCGUGAAUUGGAGAAAAAAACCACCACUUUGGUGGUUGAUGAUUAUGAGCGACUUCAGAAAAUUGGGCAGGGAACAUUUGGUGAAGUGUUCAAAGUUCGCCAUCGAGUUACUAAACAACAUUAUGCUUUGAAACGACUUAAAACAGAGCAAGAAACAGAGGGUUUUCCAGUCACUGCUCUACGAGAAAUUAGAAUUCUCAGCUCACUUUCCCAUGAAAAUGUUGUGCGUUUGCGAGGCGUUUGUCAUAAAAAAGCUGCCCCUUCUAGCAACUACAGGUACGAGUUCUAUCUUCUGUUCGACAUUUGUGAGCAUGAUCUAGCAGGUCUAUUAGCUCAAAAAGUCGAGUUCAGUCUCCCAGUGAAGAAAAGCAUAAUGCAACAGUUGCUUACGGGACUUUACUUUUUACACAAAAAUAAUGUUCUUCAUCGUGACUUAAAAACAUCUAACAUACUAAUUGAUCGUGAAGGUGUUUUAAAAAUAGCAGAUUUUGGUUUGGCAAGGCUUACAGUCACUUCUAUUCGACCUGACCGUGCUUCUCGUUAUACUGGUCGCGUAGUAACUUUAUGGUAUCGACCUCCAGAAAUCUUGCUCAAUGAUCGUUAUUACGGAAGACCGGUAGAUAUAUGGGGUGCUGGUUGUAUUAUGGCUGAGCUUUGGACAAAUUACCCAAUUAUGCAAGUAAGUAAUUGACGAAUAAACUUUUCAAGUACUUAAGGUUAGUCAAAGCAAGUUUUAUUUUGAUUUGUUGAUGUCACAUAUCUACCUUAAUUAAAUCAUACUUCAUAUUCAUUUGUUUUCGUUUUAUUGUUUAUUUUUUAUUUUAACACAUAGAUUUUGGUACAAGGAGGCACCAAAUACAUAUGCGCUAUAUAAAUCAUUCGAUUUGUGUGAGGGGCGUGAUACUGCCUGGGUGCCCAAACCCAAGCAAGUGGUUUUCUUAGGGGACCACACACCGGGCCUUCGAGAGUUUCUUCAUGUAAAAUUUGUUCAUUGGAAAUGACGAAGAAUAACUAAUGUGUGGAUUGUACCAUUCUUCCAGAAACCCGAACACAGUGGUUGGCUGGCGGUAUUUUAAAAUUUUACUGAAUCUGCUUUGGAGUGAGCGUGUCACCUGUGGAUCCGAUUGUUGUGUAAACUAACGCAAUUCGGAAAUGUCGUCUACAAAAUUAGACCUAUCGUCGUAAUAUAUUGCCGUUGACAUCCCUCUUUUUUAAUAUAACGCACCAACCCCAUAAUAGGGACUGUUUACACCAUCGGUUAUUCCUAGUGUGAGUCUAUGGAUGCAUAAGUACACACCCAUAUGUUUCCACUGACCUCCGUCAUCAAAAAGAAAGAGAUCCGAAGUACUUAACUUCAACAGGAUAAAACUCAUAUCAGUCUCAUAAGCUAUGCAUAAGUAUGAAAAGUCAUUUGUUGAACUAACCUUACUUUCAGUUGCCAGCAUAUCACACAUUUUCUUAUUUAUCGUCUUACAGUGCUUAUCUUUUUCAAAAUCUCAUUAUUCUCGUGGAUUGCAGCUAAAAUUUGAGACGAACCUCUACGACCUCCCUCAUAAUCAAAGUGUCUAGUUACCGAUUCAGUCACUAACUAACAGGCUGACAGUAUUAUUGGAUGCUUGCGAAAAGCCGACGGCUCAGUGUUCUUUAGGGUUGCAAACUAUCUUAGUUUGUGUUUUGCCUAACCAUAGACAUUCUUUAAGAAAUAACACUUUAUUCCUGUGACUUUUCAAAGAUUAAUUUCUUACCAAGAGAUCCACAAAUUGACUGAGAAUACGUAGACGAUUUGUUCCUCGCAAGGAUGCUAAUAAAAUUUAGUCUUUUAGACACACUGAGUAACAAUCCAAAAAUGUUUGGGACGUGAUUUUCUCCUUUUAAAUGCAAAAUAUUGCUUCAAAACUGGUAUGCAUCAACGCAUAAACUAGUGGUUAGGAGUCAAGUAGUUGAGUUCAUCGACCACUGUGCUUGGAAGUCUCAUCAGCCCUGAUUGGUUAGUGUCUUGACACAGAUUCAAAACCCUCAGCUCGUUUCUGUCAACUUGCAUCCGUGUGGCGUAGACAAUAUGCCUGUUUCCCAAAGAAAUCCGGCACAGUAGUUCUGUCUAUUUUACUCCGUGGGUGUGAAAUACGGUCUUUUAAAUAGACACUCACAGGCUGCGAUUAUCUGAUCAUAGCUAUCGUAGGUGCAUUUUUGGAAAGUUGAGUACUAUCCAUAGCUAGCAAAUAUGUUGAUGAGGUUGUGAAUCUUGAUCGAAUUAGGUGGUUGAUACGUGUUAACUGGCUUACUGUAAACUAUAACGUCUGUAACACAAUGAUCUGAUCUGAUUUAGAAAAAAAUGAAACAAUUAUAUGACAUGGAAUUUAUUUCUUAUUGGUGAAUCCAACUGUUUAUCCUGUAUGAUGUAUGUGUUAGACUGUCAUUACUAACUGUACUCAUGGUGAUCAUUUGGUUGUUACCUUCAGUCGGGGUGUAUGUACAUGACUUUGAGCCAUAUGGUUUUGGUGUGAAAACUAAUGAUAGUCUCACUGAAAUUAUGAACCGAUCUAAGUUAGAUCAUGACUGAAAACUCAUACUGACUAAUGAUAGUAUAUGGCUGUCUAAACCGGAACAGAUGAAGUUGAGGGGGGGGUGGCUAAAUCAACUGAUUCAAAAAUUAUUUGAUUAUUGGAACACUUAUUUCUGAACGUACUUACUUAAUAUGACCUCUAACAAUUUCAUACGGUUUUGUUUCAAGAUAACUUGGUUUAUUUUGAAUUCCCUCAUUUUUUUUAAUCUUAAAGGGUGAGAAUGAACUUCUUCAACUUAAUUUAAUUAUUCAACUUUGUGGUUCUAUCACACCGGAAGUUUGGCCAGCUGUUCAGAAUUUAGAAACUUAUCAAAAAAUAAAGUUACCCAAAGAUGUUAAACGUCAUGUCAAAGAAAAAUUGACACCACAAAUUCCAUGUUCAUCAGCUGUUGACUUAAUUGACAAAUUACUAGUAUUAGAUCCAAAUAAACGUUUGGAUGCUGAUCAAGCUUUAUCACAUGAUUUUUUCCAUGAAGAUCCACCUCCUGGUGAUUUAAGCUGCCUUUCAAAGAAUGGCGCUUCAUUUUUAGAGUAUUUAGGACAAGCUAACAGAGCUAGACGUGGAUUAGCAAAUAAUUACCGUAAUGUUGCUAAUCCUAAUUUUCCAGCUAGGCGGGGUCCAAAUGUUAUAGUCCCCGGACCUGUGCCAAAUCAACAAAUUAUUAACCAACCAUAUCAACGUUAUCGUGGUCUUCCACCAGAUCAAGAUUCAUCUAACAUCAAUGAUCGUAUAUUUUAAUCAAAGUGAAGGGUUCAAUGUUAUCGAGAAAAAAAAUUGUCCUUAUUUGUAUAAUUUCGUGUAUAUUGCAUUUUUACAAACAAAAGUAAUUCAAUUAGCCUGCAGAAGCAGUAGAAUAUUGUGAUAACUACAAAACUAAUAAUAACAGCAACAUAUACAGAGUUUAUUUCAGUCUUUAAGAUUUGUAUUUUUCUAGUCUCAUUACAAUUAUAGUGUGAAUAUUUGUUAUGCCUUGAAUGAUAUGAUGAUGAUGACCAUGAUGAUUGCAUUUUGCUCUCUCUCUCUCUCUCUCUCUCUUUCUGUAAUUUGAUAUUUAUUAGUCUACUAAAGAAAUUUCUUUCUUUUUUUUUCUCUGUCAUUUAGUUUUUAAUUAUUAGGAUGAAAGAAACAUCUCAAAUAUAAAUAACACGAAGGUGUACAUUGUAAAUGUCAACGUCUUAACAAGCCUGGAAUGUCAGUCAGUAACAACGUAGAACUUCGUACGUACGUACGUACAUCAGUUCGAGUUGCUGCACCACAUUAGCACAGUGAUGCAGUUGUCGAUUCAAAUCUCGUAGUGAUAGAGGCGGUAAGAGUAUAAGCAGUAAUCGGAAAGAUUAGGGUUUGGAGAUUAGAAUUUUGGAGAACACAAAGAAUGUAUGCGCCUGCGCCAUUGUAAACGAUUUUGAGCCAUGUCAUUCAGGGCUUCUAACCACCGCUUGCUAUCAUCUCGCGGUCCCCAACCAGGUAGUCUAUACCUACCAACAUAACUCAGUCCACUUUUCAGUGACUUCAUGGACUUGUGCCAUGUUUUGGUCUGGCCGCCCCUAACUUUCUUCCAACCUACUCCUGUACCAUUGAACAUAGCACGUCGAGGCAGUCGGUGGUUGGGCAUACGUAACACGUGUCCCAGCCAUCUCAACUGAUGAGGUUUCACUACUUCAUCAAUUGAUUUGCCAUCCUUACCUUGUACCCGUUUCC